AUGAUUAGUUAAGGAAAUAAUUAAGAAGUUAUGCUACAAUUCAAUCAAAAGCAAAACAAUAGAAAGUAUUGGAGCAAUGAUGAACAUAAGAAAUUGAACUCUGCUGUGAUUUUACAUGGAUCUAAUUGGAAAAUCGUAGCAGAAUAUCUACCUGGAAGAAAUGCUUCUUAAUGUGAAUAAAGAUGGAAGAGAAUUAAGCCUAAAGAAGUUAAUAUUUUAUUAAUCAUUAUAGAAUGAAAGAAAUUACACCUAAUAGAACUGGGAGAUAAAUUAGGGAGAGAUUUGUCAAUCAUUAGAUCAAAAUAUCAGAAAAACUCCUUGGACUGAAGAUGAAGAUAAAUGGGUAUUAAACUAUUGGUACUAAAUGGUCUGUUAUGUCCAAAAAGUUGCUAGGAAGACCUGUUUUCAUAAAUUUUUUGAUAAAUUUAGGAAAACAUGAUAAAAAACAGAUUUUAUUCACAUACCCAAUAAUGUAAGAAUUUUAGAGUAAGAAACUUUAAAAAAAAGUAAAAUUGUGAAAAAGACGAAAAAAUAUAGAAAAUUUGAUUAAAAGAAAAGGAACUAAGAAGAAUAUGAUUGUAAAGGAUAGCUUAAAUGUAAUUAAGAUGAACA